AAUACAGAGCAAACCCUGUAUUCCACCACUAUGGUGGUGCCCCCUUUGGGGAAAGCUCUGGGGUCAGAAAUGACCAAGUUCUGCAACCUGGACAGAAUUAUGCUGACGAUUUACAAGAGAUGAACAAUUUUGGAGACAACAGUCAAAUGAUGAAUCAAGAUCAUUUUUUGGGGAAUGAUGAUUUGGCUGCCAAUUAUUCUCAUCAAAGGUGGUGAAGGGCCUAGCGUUUCAGGCUAUGGAUACCAUGAUUAUCAGAGCAUUCCUCAGAGUCAGAAUGGGUAGAGUCAAUGGAGUCAUUUGUUAAUCAAUACAAUAGAGGGAACCCUCUCAUCCACCUCAUUAGUGGUGCUUCCUAUGCGGAGAUCUCUGGGAUCUCUUCAACCUGGUCAGAGUUCAAAUGGUUCAGGAGGUUUACUUUACCGGCACAAUGUGGGCAUACCUCAGGUCAUUGAUCCUAGCAGGCUUAUGUCUGAUUUCAAUGCUGACCAGAAAAAAAUUCCAUAUUAUCCAUUGCUUACCAAUCCAGGUACAAGUGAUCCUGCGUCUGCUAAUAUCAAUCUUGGAGACAGAUCAGAGAAUGAAAAAGAGUAGCCAGAUGCCGAAAGAACUUGAGCCAGGAAUGAGGAUGAAACUCUUCUUGUUUCAUUAAAGAUGAAGUAGUUUAGCUAUUGCAAUUCAAUUUUAGUUUUUUGAUCAAAUUGUAUUCUGGUUUCAAAUCUCUUUACUCAGGAGACAUGAAUACCGAGAUACUUAGCCAUGAAAAUCUCAAUUCUUAUCAUUGGUUUGUACGUACAGAUGUUCUUUA